AUGUCUUCCUCCGCCGCCCAACCCGGCGGCCAAACCAUCGACCUAGCAGCCCUCUCCGUCCAGCAGCUCAGCCAACUGAAGAAGCAACUCGACUCCGAGCUCGAGCACCUAACCACCUCCUUCCAGUCGCUGUCCCGCGCCCAGGCAAAGUUCAAAGACUGCUUGAAAUCCAUCUCGGACGGCCUGACCGCCAAGAAAGCCGACUCGCCUAUCCUCGUCCCGCUAACGCCCUCCCUCUAUGUCCCCGGCCGCCUCAUGGAUGUCAGCACGGUGCUGGUGGACGUAGGGACGGGAUUCUACGUCGAGAAGAGCACGGCCGACGCGCAGGACUUCUACAAGCGGAAGAUUGAGGAUCUGGGCCGGAACCUGAAGGAGCUGGAGGCGAUUGUGCAGGGCAAGGGGAAGAAUCUGAGUGUCGUCGAGGAGGGUGAGUUGCAUGUUUUGUUUUCCUUUGAUCUCCAGGGAGGACCAGGAAGGGCAAGGGAGGGUGGGCCGUUGGAGUUGGAGACUUGGGACGUGUGGGAGGUUGCCAUGGCGGGAGUUGGUGCUCGAACAGAUGGCUAA